AUGUCUCAUCGCCGAAUAUUGUCGGUAAAUGACAUAAUAUCGCAUCUUGAAGACAACGAUGACGUAUUGUCAGCAGAUAUUUACAUAACACCCCCAGAUAAUUACGACAAAAGUGAUGAAGACAGUGGAGAUGAGGAGUCUUCGAACAUAAAUCACCUGUCCAGGCAGCAGCUCUUAGCACAGGCUGAGUUUAGGGCUACUGUAUCUUCACAGUCUAAUUUAGAUAUUAUAGAAAGCGUAUCAAAUGAAGUUUCUAUAGAUAAUAAUACACACGGCGACUUAUCAGUACAACCACCGGCAAAGAAAAAAAAAUGUCCAGCUACCCGAAAGUGGAGGAAAGUAGAUAUUCCAGUGAAGACAGAGAAAACAUCAGAGACACCACAUUUCUUAGAACACCUAGAUACUCCUGUUCACUUUUUUGAACUUUUUUUUGACGAAGACGUUUUUGAAUUGAUUCGCUCUGAAACCGAAAAAAAUGCUAUUCAAAAAGGUUACCACAAUUUCAAAGUUACAACUGAGGAAAUAAAACGAUUUAUAGGGAUUCUCUUGCUGUCUGGUUACAACAGUGUUGCUAGAUAUCGUAUGUACUGGGAGCAAAGUGUUGAUUGUAAUUUUCAAGGGGCAAGCACAGGAAAUACCCACCCAGAACUUGGUGUAGGUGCUUCUGUUGUUUUAGACCUCAUAUCCAAAUUGCCGCCCGGUACUUACAGCUUUUAUAUGGACAACUAUUUUACAUCUUUACCCUUGUUGGAUGAAAUAAAAACAUUAGGACACGAUGCGACGGGAACGGUUAGGGCAAAUAGGGUAGAAAAGGCACCCUUGAAAGAAGCGAAAGAUGAAGAAAAUGAGCAGAGGGUCUUUUGA